UAAUUCGAGACGGGCCCACACCAACGAAAUGCAACGGUAAUCUAAUUACAAUUUAGGGUUCAAAUAGCAAGAACCCUAAUUUUCGAAUACUUCUUCCAGAAAUUGAGAGAAAAGAACGGAAUCUUGUGGAAUUAGGCUAGGGUUUUUUCACGUUAUCACUAUUCGAAGAGAAGCAUGAGUUCGAACUCAGGUUUAUGGUCAUCUUCGCCGCGCGGUAGCCGACAGAUGGAGAACGAGUAUGAUGUCAAGUAUUGUAACUGCGGAUUUGGAAGCAAGAGGUUGAAAGCUACAAGGAUGACUUCGUGGACGGAAGAGAAUCCGGGGAGAAGGUUCUAUGGAUGCAGAAAUUGGAAGACCAAAAAUUGCGGUUUUUUUGAUUGGUAUGAUGAACCAAUGUCUGAGAGAGCGAUGGAAGUAAUUAACCAUUUAAAGAAGGAAAACAUGAAGCUUGUGAAGAUGAAUGAAAAUUCGACUCCACCCACUGAUUUUGAAGCAGAAAUUGGUGAUCUAUGGACUGAAAUUCAAGCUUGUAAAGAAGAGUCAAGAGUUGAUAGAAGGAAAAACCGAUUUCUUGUAAUUGUGUUGAUUAUAUCUUGGUUUGUGAUGAUGAAGCUUCUUAUAGCUGGAAUGUAGUUAAGCUUCAAUCUAGUUAUGCUUUAGUUGAUGUAACUUGGUUUUGUUUCAAAUGA